UAUACACACAGCAUGCGUUUGACAUGGACAAUCUCAAUAUUGUGAUAUCAGUCAUUUAUAUUUAUAUAACGAAACAGGACAGAUACUGCAGCAUGCAUCACAUGGAUGUUGCGGUCUGAAUGCAUUAAUGACAUGCGGCUGUGCUCGUGCAUGUUCCGCAUGCAGAUACACACGGGCUUCUGUAAUACGCGGGAACACAUCAGAAAAUAAAACGACUCAGAAAAGGAUUUGUUUUAGAUCGGAAUCCGCCCAUUUAAGUAAUAGAGUUGCAGUACAGGUGAGACGGGAUGGCUUUCAUGUCCAGAUUGUCCCGGUCCAGGAGUAACUCCAGAUCUCCCAGCAGACGGGAUUCAGAGAAGGGAUGUCCUGUACUAACUGUUGCUGAACUUGAACGUCUUCUGUACACUGGAAAAACCGCCUGUAACCACGCUGAUGAAGUCUGGCCAAGACUCUACAUAGGUGACCAAGAUUUUGCCUCAAACCGUAAAGAGCUGGUAAAGCUCAGGAUCACACACAUCCUCAACUGCGCACAGAGUAAAUGGAGAGGAGGGGCUGAGUAUUAUGCCGGCAUGAACAUCACGUAUCACGGCAUCGAAGCCCACGACUCACCCUCCUUUGACAUGAGUGUUAACUUCUACCCCGCGGCUGAAUUCAUCCACAGAGCUCUCAGCACUGGAGGAACUGUGCUUGUGCACUGUGCUGUCGGCGUGAGUCGAUCUGCCACGCUGGUGUUGGCCUACCUCAUGAUUCGCCAGAACAUGACAUUAGUGGAGGCUAUUAAAACCGUGAAGGACCACCGAGGUGUCACUCCGAACCGUGGUUUUCUCCGUCAGCUCAGCGCUCUAGACAGCGUGCUGCGCGCCAGCCGAAACACAACAUAAACCCACCGGAAGUGCUUGAACUUCUCUUGAACUUUUCUGGCCCAGGCAUUGACCUGACAAAUGAGAGCAGAGAAUCUUUACAUACCGUGAGUUUAUAUCUGUCCUCCUGUGCUCAGAGAUGCCUUAUAACAUCAGGACCUCCAGAAAUGUGCGCAAUGCCUUAUUCACUCUUACCACUUGUUGCUUUUAUCUCAGUUUUUACUUGACUUUGAGGUGACCAACACAAAGAAGUGACACCAUGAAGUCUCUCAAUGAUUCCUUCAGCAUACCACUAGCAUGUAAAAAGGAUUUUCCAAAAUAUUAAACAAUUGAAUUAAGAGCUGAGAAGAUUCGCUGGAUUCACCUUAUCUUAAAAGAUAAAGCUGAUUUAUUGAUGCGCUUAAAACAAACACAAAAGAAGAUUUUUUUGAGAAAUGUCUCCGUGGUUUUGCGUUCAUAUAAUGGAAGUCAAUGGGAUUCAGUGUUGUUUGUUUAUCAACGUUCUUCAAAAUAUCUUAUUUUGCAGGAGAAAGAAAGUCAGGUUUGGAAAGACAUGAGGAUGAAUAAAUAACCUUUCUCUUUAAAGGGAUACUUCGCCCAAAAAAUAAAUUCUGUCAUAAUCUUCUCACCUUCGAGUCAUUUCAAAUCUGUAUAAAUUUCUUUGUUCUGAUGAACACAAAGAAAGAUAUUUGGAAGAAUGCUGGAAAGCAAACAGUUCUGGGGCACUUUUGACUACCAUUGUUUUUUUUCCUACUAUGGGAGUCAAUGGGGGGCAAAAUCUGUCAGGUUAUAAGCUUUUUACCCAAAUAUCUUUCUCUGUGUCCAUCAGAACAAAGACAUUUAUACAGAUUUGGAACAACUCGAAGGUGAGGAAAUGAUGACAGAAUUUUCAUUUUUGGGUGAAGUAUCCCUUUAAAACUGCUCUGAACAACACACAGGGCGACAGGCGAGAACCCUUUCAUAUUUUCACGAUUUAAAAAAAAUAAGAGCUUUUCCUCUGUAUUAUUGGUGCAGUGUUAUUGUGAUAUAAAAAGUAUGUUGAAUGUUUUUCAAUGAAUAAUGUAGCUGUGCACACAGGCUGUAUAUUGUGAUCGAGAUGAAGCUCUCUGGUGACCUCUGCUGACAACAUCAAACGUUUAACACUCCCUUUCAUCAGGACUUUUACUUUUCUUUUAAUUUGCUUUACAUUGUCUGCAUUAAUAUUUAAAAAAGCAUUUACGUUAAGUAUUCUACGCGUCAGAACUUAAGCUUGUUUUAGCUUGGUAUUGCAUUAUAUGGUAGCUACACGAAAGGUGCAUCCUUCUCAUACUCACAAAUCCAGCGAAUCCUUGAGUGCAGUACACUAACAAUCUGUAGCUGUAUGAAUGACAGUGUUCUACUAUUCUUGUCAUUUGUAUUAAAUACUGCUGUUUAUUGUAUUUAUCUAUAACCACUCCGCAACAGCUUGGACUUAAGCUAACUACUGCCAGGACUCCGUCCACACAAGAGGGAACUGAACUUCACACCAAUUUGUGUCUUAAUAAUAGUGUCACAAUGCAGUAGCUUAAAACACAGAUCAGGUUUGAAAGAGCGGAUAUCUACAACCCUACAGAGAACCCUCAGUGACACUUUGGCAUUUACUUUUAAAAAAGCAGCAAAAAUGUAUCAGCGAUUUAACUUCAGAAAAUGUAGCCACUGUUCAUUUUUACUUAUUCAACAAUAAAACAUUUUGUGUAGACCUGUUUGUUUGACUUUUAUAAGUUAUAUAUAAAAUCAUUGUGGCAAGAAGAUACUAACUAAACAGUCACCCCAAAAGUACUUCCACAAGUAUUCUUCUAAAGUCUGUCAUUGUAUUAUAUAACAAAAUAUCAAACCAUGUUGCAUUUAAAUUCAAAUAAGGGGCAAAAUUAUAAACAUUU